CUCGUCGCUGUUGAAAUUCUCAGGUUACAUUUCCUCCAGCCUUUAUUAGCUGCUUUCUCCACAAAGCUCUCCUCUUUAUCUGCUGCUGCCGGACACAAGCCGCCGACAUGAAGCUUCCAGUGGCCAUUCUCGCUGUUUUUGCGACGAUAGCUGUCACUAUCGAUGCCACCGUCUACUUCAAGGAGCAGUUUCUGGAUGAAGACGGAUGGAAGAGCCGGUGGGUCCACUCCAAGCACAAGUCAGACUAUGGCGAGUGGAAGCUGAGUGCUGGGAAGUUCUACGGGGAUGCUGAGGCUGAUAAAGGUCUCCAGACCAGCCAGGACGCCCGCUUUUACGCCCUGUCUGCCCGCUUCGAGCCCUUCAGCAACGAGGGAAAGCCCCUGGUCAUCCAGUUUACCAUCAAGCACGAGCAGAAGAUUGACUGCGGAGGUGGCUACGUCAAGAUCUUCCCCUCUGACCUCGACCAAAGCAAUAUGCAUGGAGACUCACAGUAUUACAUCAUGUUUGGGCCUGACAUCUGUGGCUACAGCACAAAGAAGGUUCAUGUGAUCUUCAACUACAAGGGACAGAACCACCUCAUCAAGAAAGACAUCAAAUGCAAGGAUGACGAGCUGACCCACCUGUACACGCUGAUCCUGAAUCCAGACCAGACAUACGAGGUGAGGAUCGACAGUGAGAAGGUGGAGUCUGGCUCCCUAGAGGAUGACUGGGACAUGCUGCCUGCGAAGAAGAUCAAGGACCCUGAGGCCAAGAAGCCCAACAACUGGGACGACAGAGCCAAGAUUGACGAUCCCAGCGACACCAAGCCUGAGGAGUGGGACAAGCCAGAGACCAUCCCUGACCCUGAUGCAAAGAAGCCUGACGACUGGGAUGAGGACAUGGACGGAGAGUGGGAACCUGCUAUGAUUUCCAACCCAGAGUAUAAGGGUGAGUGGAAACCCAAGCAGAUUGACAACCCUGACUACAAGGGAUCCUGGGUCCACCCUGAGAUCGACAACCCAGAAUACACUCCUGAUGCCACCAUGUACAAGUUUGAUAACAUUGGAGUGCUGGGCCUGGAUCUGUGGCAGGUUAAGUCUGGAACCAUCUUUGACAAUUUACUGAUCAGCGAUGAUGUCAAAGAAGCAGAGGAGUUUGGGAAGGAAACCUGGGGAGCUACUAAGGAACCAGAGAAGAAGAUGAAGGAUGAGCAGGAGGACAUGGAGAGGAAGUUGAGGGAGGAGGAGGAGAAGAGCAAGAAGAAGGACACUGAAGGUGAAGACGAGGAGGAGGAGGAUGAAGAGGAGGAAGACGAGGAGGAGGAGGAAGAGGAAGAGGGCGACAAAGAGACGGAGGACGAUGCAGGGACAGAAGAGGAGGAUGUCAAACAGAAGGAUGAGUUGUAGAGGAAGGGACCCGGUUGACUCUGCAGGUUCAAACUAACAACAGAAGAUCAAGGAAAGCCCUAUAGACUCUGGCCUUUCAUACAGCAGCCUUUUAUUCAGGUGGAGGGGCGGGGGAGGGGUGGAGGGUGGGGGUCAGGUCAGAUUUCUUUUUUAUUGAUUCCCUUGUUGCUUUUAUUAUUAUUUUUUUUAGCCUUCAAAUUAGAGAUGGGAGAAGGGUUUACUUUUUUUCUCCUCCUGUAUGCUUUGAAUUUUCUAAUUUAAUGUGAUUUACUGGAUGCGGUGUGUGCAUCCUGCAGUUACCCACAGAGCCAAUCCAUUUUUAUUACUGCGUUUUUUUGGGAUGUCCAGUUAAUAGAGGGUCUGUGAUGUUCUCGUUCAUGCACUUUUGUUUCUCCUGUGUGAUGUGGAACAGUUUUUGUUUUAAAUUGCCCAUAAUUUAUUCAAUCAUUACAUUCAUUCAGUUCCCAAAGCUCUGAUUUUGGACCUUUGUGCAACUCUUCGUUUGUGUGUUGUGUGUGUGUAAAAGAGAGUGAGACUGCAUUUGACGAACUGUGAUUUUUACAAUCCUUAUUUUCUCAUUGUUCUGAGUGAGUGACUGACCCGUGGGCGCACACUGUUUUUGAGUUUCAGUCAAUAAAUUAAAGCUUCUCUCAACAA